UGUACAAGGAAUUUCAGACGAUGACGCAUUAGAAUAUUUCAGUAAAACAACUCUUGUUAAAAUAAAAAGUGAAAAGAACUCUAUAAGACACGAGACAUGGGUCAUGGUGAGGCCCACGCCCGGGGUAAACAGGGGAGGAUCGCUGUCCCCGCUAUGCCCCGUCCGAUGGCGAUACUGUGUUGUGUUCUGAAUUUUCUCGUCCCUGGAUUGGGAACAAUAAUAGCAGGAUUUACCGUUUGUUGCUGCGCACGCAGCGAAGACAUGACAGGAUGUGAAAAGCUGAGUAGUUUUUGCAUCAGCUUCUGGAUCGGGAUACUUCAAAUUCUCACCCUUCCAGUCCUUCUUCUGGGGUGGAUCUGGAGUUGCAUCUGGGGCGUGUCCUUUAUUGGAAUGUCAAAUGAGUACUACAUUGAUAAUCCAGUCAUGGAUCAAGGUCAUGUGAUUUCAACGAACCAAUUAAAUGUUGUUAUCACCCCUCCUCGUCCUAAUCCACAUGGGUAUCCAAGGGCACCAGUAGAACAACCAGGAUAUCCUCCACAACAGCAAAUGCAAGGAGGUUAUUAUCCGGGCUAUCAACAACAACAGUAUUACGGACAGGAACACCCACAGUCGUCUUAUGGUGCCACGCCGUCCGCACCACCUAUAGAGGGCCAAGAGUACCCACAACAGGGACCCAGCGGAUAUGGAGGGAAUUCACAACCAGGACCAUACUACGGGGAACCUCCUCCCCCUUAUUCUGAGUCAGAUGCCCCUCCUGCCAAACCCCCUGUUAAAUCAUGAUGUUAAAUUUUGUUGUCGGCAAACCGUUCUUGACAUUGUAUUAUUUCAUGACUUUUAGCAAUUGUUUUUUUAACCAUGUGCGUGAAUACGUACAUGUAUAUGAAAGACUGUUUAAGUAUCUGUGAUAGGUGGCCAUGCAGGGGUAACGGUUAUAGCUGGGUAUAUAUGUAUUUCAAUGAGUUACCCCAAUUGUUCUGAUCUAUAUACAUUUUGGUAUAUGUACACACCUCCUUUUUUUUUUUUUUUUUUUUUAAUAAAAUCACACGAUAUAUAUGUAACUUACAGCGUAGAUAUUUUAUUACUGUUUGCAGACAAUUUGAAAAAAAAAAUGAAUAUAACUUUGAUUAAUCUUAUAUAUGAACAAAAGAAAAUGGAUAGGGCAUGAAGAAUGGUGAUAACUGUACAUGUGUCAGUUAAAGUAAAAUAUUUUGAAGCAUUGUUUUAAAGUUGUUUUUUUUUUUCAAAAUAUUUACAUAACACUGGCUAUUUUAUGCAAGUUCUUAUGGGCUCUAUUUUAGAAAAUGAAAGAGAUGUUGCAGUACACGGCGUUUUAGAGAUACAAUUUAGUCUGUUCAUUGAUUUUGAUACUAUUUAAAACCUUAACAUUGUUGUCAAGUGUCAACAUUAUACAGUGUAUUAAACUAAUGUUUUAUUUUAGGUCUUAAUUCUUUUCAAGUUUUUUAUUGGUGCUUUAGCUUUCAUUCACAGCUGCAUGUAUUACGUUUUAUCCCUUUUUUGGAACAUACAUUGUUAAACAGAUCUGAUAAAUUGUUAAGUACAUGUAUAUUGAUUUAUAUUUUUUCCUAAUUUUAUUUAUUUUUGUGGUUUUUCUAUA